GUAUAUAGAUAGAACUCAGAACAAUGAAUUUGUGUUCUGAAACUAAACAUUUUUACAUUCGAAUGUACUUCACAGAAAAGAAAAAUCCAAAAGUCUAGGUUGCAUAAUGAGGAUGAUAGUUAACAUGAAAUGUUAGAUAAUUUACAACCAUUUCUUUCCCAUCACUGUGACUAUGAAUAUAUUUUGUAACCAUCAAAAGGUUAUCAUCUUUGUACGUAUAUGGUCGGUACAAAAUAACCUAAGCCACGUAUAAACAUAAAUACCAUCUCGUUUUCAUUUUUGUUAAAAUUCAAUCUUUUUAAAUUAACCCUGAGAACGGAAACUUGAAUGAAAACCAAGCCUUAACGGAUAUACAAAGUUGAAACAAUUAAAAGCGGACUAAAAUAUUGAAAAUAAUGUAGAAAUUAAGUUGUCGGUAAACAUUGUCACCGACCCAGUCUUUUAUUAGCGCAAUAAGUUUGAUAAGGGGAUAUAAAUAGAACACAACGAAAGUAAUGAGCAACUUUUAAUCAUCAAAUGUCCAGUUUAGAAGUUAACAAAAAUGGAACUUAUACCAAACUGGUGUUUUUCAAUUAUUUAGAGACAAAGAUGAUUAUCAACAGUACAGAUAGAAGUGACUUAGUUGAAGUCAUGAACGUUCGUCUGACGUCCAACUGGGUAACUAAUGAAUACAUCUCCAUUAGUCUCGUUGCCAUAUUCGUUCCUUUUAUUCUAUGCAGUAAUCUAAUCGUUCUCACAGCAGUGAUCAAAUUCAAGCGUCUGCAGAUACCGACCAAUUUUUUCGUCAUGUCCCUUGCAUCAGCCGACAUUGUGAUUGCAGUUACACUUCCAUUCUACAUAACUGUUGAACUAACGCCGAUCAGAAUAUCAGACGACAUUCUUUGUUUAGCCGCCAACAGAAUUUUAAUGACGGCAGGAGGCGUUUCAAUAAUAACACUGGCCACCAUUGCAUAUGACCGUUACAUGGCCAUAACUUAUCCUCUAAAAUAUAUUCUACUCAUGAAGAAGAAGAAAAUUAUCGGAUUAAUAUUGUUGUCAUGGAUUUACAGCAGUUUCAUUUGUUGGAUUCCACUAAUAUUCGGUUUGCAUGGAAACGUUAAGCAACAUUCUUCACUGUGUUCGAAUAGCGUGCUAAACCGGAAGUCAAGAAUGUUAUUUAUAAGUGCAAUAUUUACUCCAGCAUGUGCUUUAAUAUUAUUCUUUUAUUUCAAAAUAUUCCGAAUUGCACGGCAUCAUGCGCAUGCUAUAGCGGCCGUUGAAAAUUCUAUAAGGAGCACGCUGGAAAGACAGUUCGUCAGAAGUGACACAAAAUAUGCUAAAACAAUAGCAAUUGUAAUCGGUGUUUUUCUGUGUUUGUGGUUACCAUAUCAAAUAUGCUUAUUAUUAACAUUUCUCGGUUACAGUGAACAAAACUCCUGGGUGAACAACUAUUUAAUGCUGCUAGCAUUUUUUAACAGUGGGGUAAAUCCUUGGGUGUACGCAUAUCAAAACUGCGACUUUAGAUCUGCAUAUAAAAAACUAAUACACUCGUGGAAGUGCAAACAUGCAAUUGAUAUUGGAGACAGAAGAACAAGUGUGAUUUCAACAAUAAGCGUUAUUCCGUCAUCAAGCACUUCAGCUCGUCUUAAUCGUGCAAACAGUAGAGUAAUCGCUAGUGAUAUACUUUACUCACUAAGUCGACAAAUGGGAAUUGAAAGCGUCGAGCAUGCGCUUAACAGACGUCUUUCCGCAAGCCAUAGCGUUAUAAAUGCCGUAAGUUCGUUACCGGAUUUACUUAAACUUUAUGCCAAUACGUACAACAAAGGCGCAACAGCAGAAACAUGUGUGUUAGAAGAUUUGGAAGAACAUCCCGUUGAGGAGGAAGGUAGUAACGACAGUGCUUAUCCACCAUCAGAAACAAUCAGUUGUGAUUUUUCUGUGUCAUCUACUGACACUGACUCUAAGACAUACCAAGAGUCAAACGUGUGAAACUGUA